UUUUUUUUCCUCCGGAACGUUGUUACACGGAAACAGAACGAUCAAGGUUUCGCGACUGGGCAUGCUACUGGGAAACGUGGAGAGGGCUUGUCUAUUACUAACGGCGAUCCACGUAUUGCUCGGUAACGGGGCCGACGCGGAGACCUUCACCCUCGGCUACAUCACCGGCUCGAAGAGACGUCCAGGGGACUUGGAGUAUCAGCGUCCUGGCUACCGGAUAUCCGGCGCUAUAUCUCUCGCCGUGGAGGAGGUGAACGCUGGCGAGCUUGGAAGACGGGGUCACAAGCUCGAUUUCCUGGUCGCGGAAACUUAUGGGGAAGAGGAGACCAGCAUCCUGAUGACCGCCGAUCUAUGGACGAAGAAUGUCAGCGUGUACAUCGGUCCCCAGGAAACCUGCAUACACGAGGGUAGAAUGGCAGCGGCGUUCAACCUCCCUAUGAUAUCUUACUUCUGCACGCAUCGCGAGUCCUCCGACAAAAAGGAAUUCCCGACGUUCGCGAGGACUAGACCGCCGGACACGCAGAUCUCGAAGUCGGUCGUUUCCGUGCUGAUGGCGUUCAAUUGGACCAAAGUGACGUUCAUGUACAUGAACUCGACCCUGUUCGAGUUCAACAAGAUGUCCACCAUCGCGAAGACGAUACUCUCGUCGUUCGAGGCGGCCGGCGUCACCGUGAAUUUUUUGCGUUGCUGGCAGGAGCCUUAUCACGUCACGCACAUGACCAAUCCGUUCCACGAGCACGUCACCGAGACGUAUCGAGAGACACGAAUUUACGUGAUUCUAGGGAAUUAUUACGAGCACAUGGGACUCCUGAUGGCUCUGGACCAGAAGAAUCUCUUGGAAACAGGGGAAUACUGGGUGGUCGGCGUCGAUAUCGAGCAGUACGACGAGAAACGACCGGACAAAUACUUCCGUGGCUUGUGGCAGAAGCGAACGAACUCGUCGAUUCUGAAGGCGUAUCGUAGCUACUUCAGCGUGGUCGCGUCACCGCCGAUCUACUCGAGGAACUUUACGCGGCUGGUGAACGGGUACAGGCAACGGCCGCCCUUCAACUUCACCAAUCCGCUCGCGAACGUCGGUGGGAUCGUUCAGAUCGUGCCAGAGACGGCGUAUCUCUACGACGCGGUGCACCUGUACGAGAGAUCGUUGCUGAAAGCUCUGGAUGAGAACCGUGAUCCACGGAACGGCCGGGAGAUCGUCGCGACUCUUUACGGGCUACAUUAUCGCAGUGCCAUGGGGUACAUGGUUUACAUGGACGAAAACGGGGAUGCAGAAGGUAAUUACACGCUGAUUGCGUUGGACAAUCGGCCGACAAAAGGACACGGUUUAUAUCCAAUAGCGUACUUCGUCGGCAAAGAGAACGGCACGAAUCUGCCGAAACUUCGAUUAACCAGAGAGAUCUCGUGGAUCGGUGAUGGACCACCUAUCGCGGAGCCUCAUUGCGGGUAUCACGGUGAAAAAUGUACCUCUCACACGGGAGAGAUCGUCGGCGGUAUAGCCGGUGGUUUCCUUCUGAUCAUCACCGCGGUGCUGCUGGUCCUGUACAGGAACUGGAAGUACGAGCAGGAACUUGAUUCCCUGCUUUGGAAGGUGAACUACAAAGACAUUCAGAUCAAAGAGCAGAAAGACGAGUCGGCGGUAGUCAACGAGGCGCCACCCAAAUGCAAUUCCAAGUCGACAACGCAGCCGAUCGUCAGGACCAGCCAAGUCUCGCUGAGCUCGAAUCCCGACGCCGACUUUCGAUAUUCCAUGAUUUACACGCAAAUAGGCGUCUACAAGGGGCGGAUAUUCGCUGUGAAGAAGGUCCGAAAGAAAUCGAUCGAAAUUACACGAGAGAUGAAGAAGGAGCUGAAAGUGAUGCGUGACUUACGACACGAUAAUUUGAACGCUUUCAUCGGUGCGUGUACCGAUCCCCCGAACAUAUGCAUCGUCGUCGAGUAUUGUGCACGUGGCAGUCUCAAGGACAUCUUGGAGAACGAGGACAUGAAGCUGGAUAAUAUGUUCAUGGCGUCGCUGGUCGGCGACAUCAUCAGAGGUAUGAUCUAUCUCCACGAGUCCGUCAUAAAAUAUCACGGCUCGCUGAGUACGUCGAACUGCCUGGUCGACUCCCGGUGGGUCGUAAAGCUGGCGGAUUUUGGACUGCACGAGUUCAAAAAGGACGCCGAAUGCGAGCCGUGCGACGUCAUGAAGAAAUAUCACGGUUUACUGUAUCGAGCACCCGAGCUGCUACGAUCGACGCGAACCCAAGAGCCAACCGCUCGUGACUAUCAAAGGGGGGACGUUUAUUCGUUCGCGAUCGUUUUGUACGAGCUCCAGGGCCGACACGGUCCUUUUGGGAUCACGGAACACUCCGACUCGGAGAUCCUGAAGAAGGUGAUCGCGAGGGAGCCGGGAACAGAGCCGUUCAGACCGCCGUUGGAUCAUCUGGAGAACUGUUUCCAUUUCGUGCGGGACUGUCUGGUCGAGUGCUGGGCGGAGGAUCCCGAGUGUCGUCCGGACUUCAAGAUCGUCAGAAGCAAGCUGAGACCGUUGCGAAAGGGGAUGAAACCGAACAUAUUCGACAACAUGAUGGCCAUGAUGGAGAAGUACGCGAACAAUCUGGAAGCGUUGGUGGACGAGCGAACGGACCAAUUGACGGAGGAAAAGAAGAAAACAGACGCUCUAUUAUAUGAAAUGUUGCCUCGCUACGUCGCCGAGCAAUUGAAACGGGGACACAAGGUGGAGGCAGAGAGCUUCGACUGCGUGACCAUUUAUUUCAGCGAUAUCGUCGGGUUCACCGCGAUGUCUGCGGAGAGCACACCUUUGCAGGUGGUGGACUUUCUAAACGACUUGUACACUUGCUUCGAUUCCACGAUAGAGAAUUACGACGUGUACAAAGUGGAAACGAUCGGUGACGCGUACAUGGUGGUAAGCGGUCUGCCAAUACGGAACGGCAUACAACACGCCGGAGAAAUUGCGAGUAUGUCCUUGUGCCUCCUAGACGCCAUUAAGCAAUUCACCAUUCGGCACAGGCCCCUUGAUAAACUGCAACUGCGAAUCGGUAUACAUUCCGGCCCUGUGUGCGCCGGCGUUGUCGGGCUGAAAAUGCCGCGUUAUUGUCUAUUCGGGGACACGGUGAACACCGCAAGCCGUAUGGAAUCGACAGGAUCGCCGUUGAAAAUCCACUGCAGCAGCGUGACGAAGGAACUGCUGGACCAAAUAGGAGGUUUCAGCGUGGUAGAGAGAGGUCUGAUCCCCAUGAAAGGAAAAGGCGAACGAUUGACCUACUGGCUGAUCGGCGAGGAUCCGUGUCUUAGGGAGGAGCGUAACAUGGAAAGGGAGAAUCGACGUAGCGGUUGCGGCAAGAAGAACAACCACGGGAAUCCAUCGAUACCGCGUAGUUCUCUAAAGAACAAGUCCCUGGUUAGGUCCACGUUCAUGCGAUGCUCCAGCGAAUCGCCUAAACGGCUACGAUUCGCCAGUUCCGAUCAUCUCGAUCAAAAGUGCUCGCGAACGAACAGCCAGCUGGAAUCGAUAGUCGAUAACAGCCCGUGCAAAACGAAGAUGCCAUGCGCGAUUCGAUCCUCGUGCAUGGAGAGCUGGAGAUCGUCGAGCAACUCGUGUCCAUGCGUCGAGAAGCUUUGCGAGCAAGAGACGACGCAGAUCGACGGGAAGUACAUGCAUCGAUUGCAGACGGAAACGCGAAACGCCCGGAAUAAUUGGACUAUUGGGAACGAGUGUUAUUUCCCGCGGGGCGGGACCAAGAGUUUCCGGCUUGGAUCGCCUGGUAUCGCACAGACGACGACGACGACGUGCAGAUCCGCGCCAAACAGCCCCAGACACAGCACGUUGAUCUUGAAUUGUCAGAAACGAGCCGCCCAGUCGAACGAGGAGAUCGACGGAUGGGACGCAACCACGCCGUUGAUUUAUUAUCCGGGAGGCAGAUUGGAUUAG